AUGAGCCACUCGCAAAUCACAAAUGCCAACAACUACACGCUUCGAGAUACACUCUUGAUCUCGCAAUUGCUCUACAUCAACCAUAUAGCAACACUAGAAGACUUGGAAAAGAUCGACCCGAGUCUCCUAGAGUCGAUAUUGAACGAGUGGAAAACCCACAUUUCCACGCGAUUAGAACAGAAAACAAUCAAAAUCAACACACUCAAUCAAAUGAAAGACUUAUACAAGAACAUGUUGAAGAAAUAUAAAGCCGACACUACGGAGACAUUGGCGAAUCAGGUGUAUUUCUUGAGAAUGAGCGAAUUGGAACAGACUAUCACGCAAAAAAAGAGCGAGUUUCAAGCGAUUUUAAAUGAAGACGACUAG